GGUAUGAACCAGUGGUGGCGGUGAGUCUCAUCUAAGGGAGAGGAAAACCUGGCGUGAGAAUGGCAAACACCUGGUGACAACAUGGAUAAUUUACGCUAGAUGAGUUUUACGCACUUGGAAUGAAUUGGUCUCUAAUUCAAAAACCCCAGAAGUGACAUCCGGAUUUCUACAUUGCUGUGGAUGUGAUGGUCUAUAAACCAAUGCGUGCCAUGGCUUGGAUAAUGGAGGUUUGGAUGAGUUCAGACCACGACGGGUCUCGCCGCCGGUACUGGUAACGGUUUAGGCAAAAUGUUUGGUGUUCACCUAAUGCGCGGUGCAAUAACAUCUUCCGAUUCCAACAGAAACUGAGAGAUUUCCGACUGAUGUGAAACAUUUGAACUGAUCAAAGAUCUCGGGAGCUAACCAUGUCGGGUUAAUAUCAGAGAGCUGCUGUUGAAAUAUACCCAUAGAUACGUGGUUUUAUAACGAAUUUAUUUAUUUUUUACGCUGGAAAAAAAACGUUAAACACCGGUUUAGAGUCUAGACGCGUGAUCCCAUGUCGGAGAGAUCACAAGAAAUGUGUGGGUUCCAGAGAAGAGGGGUAUUUGACAUUCUAUCUGUGCCGCUCAUAGUGGCGUUGAUGAGCUGUGCGCAGAGCGCCAACGAACCCGGGAAUAUGUCUUUCGUAAAGGAGACGGUGGACAGACUGUUAAAGGGCUAUGAUAUCCGCCUUCGACCAGACUUUGGAGGCGCACCGGUUUCUGUUGGCAUGAGUUUAGAUGUGGCAAACAUCGCCAUGGUGUCUGAGGUCAACAUGGACUACACGCUGACCAUGUACUUCCAGCAGUACUGGAGGGACAAGAGGCUGGCAUACGCUGGGAUCCCCCUGAACCUGACGCUGGAUAACCGGGUCGCCGACCAGCUCUGGGUCCCCGACACCUACUUCCUCAACGAUAAGAAGUCCUUUGUGCAUGGGGUCACCGUGAAGAACCGUAUGAUCCGACUGCAUCCGGACGGCACCGUGCUCUACGGACUGAGGAUCACAACGACGGCUGCCUGUAUGAUGGACCUGAGGAGAUACCCACUGGACGAACAGAACUGCACCCUGGAGAUAGAGAGCUAUGGCUACACCACAGAUGACAUCGAGUUCUACUGGAAAGGGGGGGAGAAUGCUGUGACAGGAGUGACCCGUAUCCAGCUGCCUCAGUUCUCCAUCGUGGACUACAAACUGGUUUCCAGAAAUGUGGUCUUUUCCACAGGUGCCUACCCACGUCUGUCUCUGAGCUUCAAGCUAAAGAGGAACAUCGGCUACUUCAUCCUGCAGACGUACAUGCCCUCCAUCCUGAUCACCAUCCUGUCCUGGGUCUCCUUCUGGAUCAACUACGAUGCCUCUGCUGCCAGAGUGGCUUUGGGUAUCACCACGGUGCUCACCAUGACCACCAUCAACACCCAUCUGAGAGAGACGCUCCCUAAGAUCCCCUACGUCAAGGCCAUAGACAUGUACCUGAUGACCUGCUUUGUGUUCGUCUUCCUGGCCCUGCUGGAGUACGCCUUCGUCAACUAUAUCUUCUUCGGACGGGGCUAUCAGAUGCAGAAGAAGUUGGCAGAGAAAGCAGAGAAGGUCAACAAUGACAGGGCGGCCAAGUUCGACGGCAACAGGGUAACGUUUACCCCCUCGGAAAUGGUUGACUCUCAGGGCAACAUCCUCCUGACAACCCUGGAGAUCCACAACGAAGUUGACGCCGGCAACGAGAUCACAACCAGCAUCACCGAGACAACCACACGGAACUCCUCCUCCAUGAUAUUCAACCAACCAGGCCUCCAGUACCGAAAACCGAGCGCUCUGAAUGGCCGGGAGAGAAACGCCCACGUGAAGAAGACACGGCUACGCAGGCGGUCCUCUCAACUCAGAAUCAAAAUCCCCAACCUGACGGACGUGAACUCCAUCGACAGAUGGUCACGGAUUGUCUUCCCCUUCACCUUUACCCUCUUCAACUUCAUCUACUGGCUUUACUACGUCAACUAGUGGUUCUCAAGCCCCUCUUCAGGGAUCCCCGGCCGUUCAUCUACUGGCUUUACUACGUCAACUAGUGGUUCUCAAGCCUCUCUUCCGGGACCCCCCGGCCGUUUAUCUACUGGCUUUAUUACGUGAACUAGUGGUUCUCAAGCCCCUCUUCCGGGACCCCUCGGCCGUUCAUCUACUGGCUUUAUUACGUGAACUAGUGGUUCUCAAGCCUCUCUUCCGGGAUCCCCAGCCGUUCAAUUUGAGAACCACUGAACUAAGUAACAGAUGGGAAGGGAUUUUCACUCCUUAAACUUUUCUUGUUUUUGUUUCUCUAAAGAAACUCAUCUGUAUUCAGAGGACACAUAACUACGCAGUCCAUACUGAGUGCAGAGAGACACUAGAAAUUAGUUGUGGGGUCUCUUGAACUGUACGUUUAGACAAGCGGAGACAAAGACCCUUUGUGGAAAUACUAUCCUUCUGAUCUCUUCCUGUGUUACACUGAACACUCCACUGUACAAACAAGAGGGUGAUACAGGACAUGGUAUGUGGUUUUCAAAAGCAUUAUUUACAAUGAUUUAUGCCAAUUAUUGUAACUCUACCCCUUAUUUUAGUGUGAGAUAUUAAUUUAGAGUGCUAAAACUCAUUGUAAACUGAAUGGGAAUUGAAUUCAGUGUGCUAUUUAUCAUAGUAGCCCAUUAUAAACUGAAUGAGAAAUGAAUUCAGUGUGCUAUUUAUCAUAGUAGCCCAUUAUAAACUGAAUGAGAAAUGAAUUCAGUGUGCUAUUUAUCAUAGUAUCCCAUUAUAAACUGAAUGAGAAAGUAAUUCAGUGUGCUAUUUAUCAUAGUAUCCCAUUAUAAACUGAAUGAGAAAUGAAUUCAGUGUUCUAUUUAUCAUAGUAACUCAUUAUAAACUGAAUGAGAAAUGAAUUCAGUGUUCUAUUUAUCAUAGUAUCCCAUUAUAAACUGAAUGAGAAAUGCAAUGCACAGCUUGUGAGUUACGAUAUGUCUGGUUUAUCUGUUGGGAUAGUAUCAUUCCAGUCAUGUCUAUGUUCUGUGGACUGUCAAAACAUGAUGAUAUGAGCUGUAUAGGGUUGCCAUGAAUAGUCAUAAAUAGUCAUUAACAGUCAUGAAUAAGCAUGAAUAGUCGUGAAUAGUCAUGUAUAUUCAUGUACUGAAUCACUUUUGGAUACUAAUUCCAUUGGCUUGGGUCUGACUAUUCUGCAAAUGAUUCACCUAUUUUAUUUUUUUUAUAAGUGCUGAAGUCUAAUCUAAAUGUAAUCUUGAUCUAUAUGUCAUUGGAGGCAACGUGAAUGAUGUCAACUCUGCUCUCACCAACCCACACCUCGGUAUCGCUGUAGUUCACAGGUCACGCCUAACAUCCACACUGCCAAGAUAAGCAUGUCAUGGAACCCGAAUCAGACAUUUUUAAUUCAUUAAAAUGAGACUCACCUUCAUUCAUUUUUACAUAAUCAAUCUUAUUCAUUUACCUUCCCUGAGUGAAAUUAUGUUUUCUGAUCAUAAGGAAACGUAUGUCCCGAACUGCUGCCAUGCAAUGCUCAAUCAAGGCUUUGAUGUGGGCCUGACAUGUGUUGGCAAUACGUUGACCUCUGACCUUCGUCUGACCUAAACUGCUCCCAUAUCUUUAUGAAUAGCCUAAUGAUUUUGAAUUAUGUUAUUUUUUACAAUGUACAUACAUACCGUAGCCAUAGUAAACCCAACUCAGGUUCUGAAUGGUUGGUUAUCACAAUACACAUGGUCUAUUGUCUGAUUGUAUUAUGGCACAGUACUCCUAUACAUUUCCCUAUCAUUGGUUUGUAAUGUAGCCCU